AUGGUCGGCCUCGUGUCUGCCGCCGGUGUGGUGGGCUUCUUAUCCGAGCCGGAUCAGGCGCUACAGGUCUUUGCGCUUGAGAAGCUGAACGAGGAUAUCGAGAGCGUAUGGACGGAGGUAUCAGGCUCCAUUGGACAGAUAGAAGCACUGUACGAGGACGAGAAGUUCUCACACCGCGAGCUGGCAGCUCUAGUACUCUCGAAGAUCUACUACAAUCUUCAGGAGUACAAUGAGGCCAUGGUCUUUGCCCUCGGCGCUGGCGACCACUUCGACAUCGAGAACGCUGACGAGUAUGAGGAGACCAUAGUCGCCAAGUGCAUCGACACCUAUAUCUCGCUCUGCGCACUGCACAACCCUCCCAAGCCAGCAUCGUCCACAAUCGGUGCCUCCGAAUCCGGUGAUAGCACCUCAAGCAACCCAAAUGCGCCACCCGCCGCUGCCAUGGCUAUGGGCUCACCCACAAUGCCAUUCUCGCAGGCGGUCCUGCCAUCAAAGUCGCUGCUGAGCAGGAAAGAUGAGAACACUUGGGACGCUUCAGCGCCAGGAGGCGGCAAUGCUGGUGUACCUGGUGCACAUCCCCAUCCCCUGACUCUCCAGAACGUGACCAAGAAGAACCUUCAGUCAGUCAUUCGGAGGAUCUUCGAGAGCUGUUACGAAGUGGGCGCAUACAAACAGGUGGUCGGUAUCGCAGUUGAGGCUAGGAACAUGGAGGUCCUCCGUGAAGCUAUUCUGCGUGUCUCGAAGGCGGAGAAGAGCAGCAAAGGGAAAGGUGCAGCACAUUCCGGCGCAAGUCAGACCGACGAGCUCAUGGAGUACGUUCUUGAUAUCUGCAUGAAUGUGGUGCAAGAGCGUGGCUUUCGGAACCAGAUCUUGAAGCUCAUCCUGGAGUUGUUGAACGACAUUCCGAGCCCGGACUACUUCUCGAUCGCACGAUGCGUAGUAUAUCUCGACCAGCACGCCAUGGCGUCGAACAUGCUGCGAGAGCUGAUACAGAAGGGCGACGGCAAGUCACUAGCGAUCGCGUAUCAGCUUUCGUUCGACCUGUACGAAAACGGCACGCAGGAAUUCUUGCAGAAGGUCAUGGAAGAGCUACCAGAAAGCGAAGAGGAAAAGAAAGAGGAGCCAAAGGCCAAUGGCAAUGCUGUGCGGCCUGCUACACCACACCCGAACGAGGCUGAGGAGACAGAUGAGUCGACACAGCUGCUAUCAGAGCUACAGGAUAGUGCAGGCGACGCAGCACCUAGCUCGACAAUACUGCCAUCAAGAACGAAACCAAAAGCAGAGAAUGAAGAGCAAGGCAAAGCAUUUGGCUCGAUACGGCAGAUCCUCCAAGGCACCAAGAGUAUCGACCUCAACCUUGAAUUCCUCUUCCGAUCCUCACACUCCGACAAGGCCAUCCUCAACAAAGUACGAGAUUCGCUAGAGGCUCGCAAUAGUAUCUUCCACACCUCUGUCACGUUUGCGAACGCCUUUAUGAACGCUGGCACAACUGUGGACAGCUUCUUCCGGGAGAACCUGGAGUGGCUGGGUAAGGCAGUGAAUUGGAGCAAGUUUACUGCGACCGCUGCGCUGGGCGUUAUUCACCGAGGCAAUCUCAGCCAAGGCCAGAAGCUCUUGGACCCAUACCUCCCUAAGGAGAACGCGAACGCCAACCAAGGCAGCCCAUACAGCCAGGGUGGUUCGUUGUACGCUCUCGGACUGAUCUACACCAAUCACGGCACGAACGUCCUCGACUACCUUCAGCGACAGUUCAAGGAGACGCAAGAGGAGGUCGUACAGCAUGGUGGCGCACUUGGUCUUGGUGUCGCUGGUAUGGCCACUGGCUCCGAGCAGCUGUACGAGGACCUGAAGAAUGUACUAUACCAAGAUUCCGCCAUAAAUGGCGAGGCUGUCGGUACGGCUAUGGGUCUGGUCAUGCUUGGCACGGGCAACGUGAAGGCGCUGGAAGAUAUGAUUCAGUACUCGCACGAUACUCAGCACGAGAAGAUUGUCCGUGGUCUGGCUAUGGGUAUGGCUCUCGUCAUGUACGCACGACAAGAAGCCGCCGAUGAGCUCAUCAAUGGUCUACUCGACGACGCUGAUCCAGCAUUACGAUACGGUGGUAUCAUGACCGUGGCUCUUGCAUACUGUGGUAGCGGCAGCAACAAAGCUGUUCGCAAGCUCCUCCAUGUGGCUGUCAGUGAUGUGUCCGACGACGUCCGACGAGCGGCAGUCAUGAGCUUAGGCUUCGUCCUCUUCCGCAAACCCGGCAGCGUUCCACGCAUGGUGGAGCUGCUCUCCGAGUCUUACAACCCACAUGUACGGUACGGUGCUACCAUGGCUUUAGGUAUUGCAUGCGCCGGCACAGGUCUAGAUGAAGCCAUUGACCUCCUCGAGCCCAUGUGCAAGGACUCCGUCGACUUCGUGCGACAAGGUGCCUUCAUCGCCCUCGCCAUGAUCAUGGUGCAGCAGAACGAGGCCAUGAAUCCCAAGGUUAGCAGUAUUCGCAAACAACUCAUGCAGUCCCUCUCCGAUCGCCACGAAGAUGCCAUGGCCAAAUUCGGCUGCGCGAUCGCUCUCGGCAUCAUCGACGCCGGAGGCCGCAAUUGCACGAUCGGUCUUCAGACACCAACCGGCAACCUGAACAUGGCUGCUAUCGUUGGUAUGGCAGUGUUCACACAAUACUGGUACUGGUUCCCACUUACGCACUUCCUCUCCCUCGCUUUCACACCCACAGCCAUCAUCGGCGUGGAUCAAGACCUGGAGAUCCCAAGCUUCAAGUUCCACUCCAAUACACGACCAAGCAUGUUCGACUACCCGCCCGAACAAGAAGUCAAAGCCGAGGAAGCACCCGAGAAAGUCAAGACGGCUGUGCUUUCCACGACCGCACAAGCGAAGCGAAGGAAGCUUGCGAAGGAUAGGAAGGAGGGGAGGGAGAGCAUGGAUGUUGAUACUGCUCCUGCUGCCGGCAAAGCUGAUGCAGGUGAGGAGGACAAGAUGGAGACGGAUGAUGUGGUUGAUACUGCUAAAGUUGCCGAGGAGAAAGAAGGCGAAGGUGAGGGCAAAGAUGCGCAAGCGAAGAAGAAGGUGGAGAGGGAGAAGGUGGGAUUCGAGAUGGAGAAUAUGAGUCGCGUGCUUCCGGGUCAAAUCAGAUAUGUCAGCUUCCUUGAAGGAGGGAGGUAUCGCCCUGUGAAGAAGCCAACAAGCGGUGUCAUCCUCCUCGAAGACACGACACCAGAGGAGUCGAAAUCUCUCCUCGAACUCAAGGCUCGAAAGAAGACUACUAAGCCCGCUGCGGCACCGGGUAUGCCUGGCUCCGCAGGCAACGACUCCGAAAUGCCUGAUGCGCUCCGGGACUUGGGGCUCACGGGUCUGGGUGUCGGGGCCGGUGCCGGUGGAGCUGCGGCUGCCGCGGGCGUGUUGACGGCUAUUGAUGAGGAUGAGGAGGGCGCUGAGGAGGCGCCGGUGCCGGAUGAGUUUGAGGUUGAGAGUGAUGAGGAGGAGUAA